ACCUACCUAAAAUUCUCGCCAAGUUUUGGGCAGGUGAUACGUACCCCAGAACCCCAUGCCAAGGGGUUAUUCACAUCCACAUUCUUCCAGAAAUCCAAUCAUUGACGAUCCACUUUGCACUGACUCGUUCCCCCCGUUACUCGCCUACCUCGCCUUGUUACGGUUCAGGUUCUGAGGCCAGCAGAAAUAGAGAAGAAAGAUACUGGAGAAACCCCAGAUGAUGAAGGAUUAAAGCAACGCCACUGACAUCGGCCCUUUAUCGUCAAACCUCGUUAGAGACUAAUACAUACUGUACGCAACAUGGACCUCUCCACGCUCUGUUGAUAGUCUACAAUGGCCAUGCCCAUCACUAGUGAGUCUUGGGUGCUGUAAGUGUGAGGUGAUCUGCAGCUGGCACAACGGCUGUCUCUCCCUGUCUCUCUCUGAAGAGACACGGGCUUGGCUUGAGUCGACUUCCCCAUGACGACUGCCAAGUUUAGUAAAUGAUGCCCACCCCCAUCUCGUCUUCUCUAUCAUCAUCAUCCAUGGACCAUCGCGGAACGGAAAGACAUGCCCUGUCGGGACCCCCGACUGCUGCUCUUUUCCCCUACCUAAUCUAAUGGUAUUAUGGGGCAGGGCCGUUUUGUUUUUCUUCUUUUAUAUACCCCAGGUCUUGGUCUUGGUAUCUGAAGAAUAAAAGACCUCAUCUUCCUCCCUUUUUCUAUGACUCUCGAUAAUACAUCUUUAUUCUAGCUUUAUUGUAUUUCCUUUUCUUAUUACACCUGCGACACAGUCGUACACCAUUGUAACCAUGCUUGGUCAUAAGUCUAUCAAGGUCAAUGGCGCCGACUGCGGUAUAGAAGCCAUCCUGCUGGGCGUCAUCACGUCCAUAGGGGGAUUCCUUUUCGGUUACGACACUGGGCAGAUUAGUUCUAUGCUCCUCUUCAAAGACUUUAUCAUCCGCUUCGCAACCGGCUACGACGAGGAAAAAGACGAAAAGGCUUUUGUGCCUAUUAUUCAGUCGACCAUGGUCAGUCUCAUGAGUAUUGGAAGUUUGAUUGGUGCACUAUCUGGUGCCUACACUUCUGAUUGGUGGGGACGUCGCAAGAGCAUGACCUUCGGAGUCGCCUUGUUCAUCAUUGGUAAUGUCAUCCAGAUAACGGCGAUGAAUUCGUGGGUUCAUAUGAUGAUGGGUCGAUUCGUUGCUGGUCUUGGUGUUGGUAACCUCUCCGUUGGUGUGCCCAUGUUCCAGUCAGAAUGCGCCCCUCGCGAAAUCCGCGGUGCUGUCGUCGCCUCCUACCAACUCAUGAUCACAAUCGGUAUCCUGGUUUCCAACAUAGUUUGUCUCGGUCUCAAGAAAAUCGACCACAGCGACGCAUCCUGGAGAAUCGUAAUUGGCCUCGGAAUUGGCUUCUCUCUACCUCUCGGGCUAGGUAUCCUGGUUGUCCCUGAGUCUCCUCGAUGGCUCGCUUCCAAGGGCGACUGGGAGGGUGCCCAGGUGGCACUCGCACGUCUUCGCGGUCAGAAGAACACGCCUGAACACUCUCUCGUCCAGGACGAUCUGAGAGAAAUGCGAGGCAUCCUUGAGAAGGAGAGGCAAGUCGGCCAGGGCGGUUGGCUCGAGUGCUUCAACCCCUGGAGCUCAGUUCCCAAGCUUCUCUGGCGCACUAUGCUCGGCUUUUUCAUCCACUUCCUUCAACAGUGGACCGGUGUCAACUACUUCUUCUACUAUGGAGCCACCAUCUUCAAUGCUGCUGGAAUUGAGGACCCUAUCCAGACCCAGCUCAUCCUGGGUGCUGUCAACGUUGCCACUACUUUCGCCGGUCUCUGGUUCGUCGAGAGAUUCGGACGUCGUUGGCCUCUGUUCAUCGGUGCUAUCUGGCAAGCUGCUUGGCUGUGCGUCUUUGCCUCGAUCGGCACAGCCAUCAACCCCGUCGGCAACAGCACAGUCGGUAUCGUUCUCAUUGUCUGCGCGUGCAUGUUUAUCGCGUCUUUCGCCAGUACCUGGGGUCCCAUGGCUUGGGUCGUCAUAGGAGAGACCUUUCCUCUCCGUACUCGUGCGAAGCAAGCCUCUAUCGCUACCGCCGGUAACUGGCUUGGCAACUUCAUGAUUGCUUUCCUGUCUCCUAUCGCAGCCGAUGCCAUCAGCUAUGCCUUCGGUUUCGUCCUCGUCGCAGCCAACGUGGCCGCCGCUCUUCUCGUUUGGUUCUUCCUCUUCGAAUCUCGAAAGCUUACCCUGGAGAAUGUCGACCUCAUGUAUGGUCAGGAGGGUCUCAAGCCUUGGAACAGUCACAAGUGGGUUCCACCAGGAUACAUCACUCGUGACCAGAGAGACGAGUCCGCCUUCCACGGGAACGACAAGGGUAGGAAUAGCGAGUCUCACUCUGGAGAGGAUUCUCGUGUUGAGCAAAUCGAUGUUUAGAGAAGGGUUGCAUGGGACAUAUUUGUGUAAGCACUGGAUGCAUACGCGGCGUUCAUUAUGGUUUUGUCACUGUAUAGGUGUCAUACGGAGUUGGCUAGUCUGGCUUAAGACAUGCGAUCAAUUAUCAUUAUUUGGUUUUAUCUAAACUCUUUUGCAAAAUGUGAUGGGUAUCAUGAAUACCACCCAACGCCUGACACCCUUAUAACUUGGUAAAUGCAUUCCUCCUCCGUCCCCUUCAUCAACAUAUAUUCCCUCAGGACCAGAUCCCUCAUUGCCUUUUAUAUGCCCUUCAAAUGACCUGCUUACAUUCAAAAAUCAUGUUCUACAUCAACAUUGUUUCUCCACUCAGAUGUUUUCUUCCACUCUUUCAUAAUCUCGGUACUAUUGACAACUGGCCCUGACCACGUUAUCUUUGCUAUGGAUUUCACUAUAUUGUACCGAAACAUGAUCUGCGGAUCUGCCCUACUUCUGAUUUCGAGUGUUUGAAGUUUUGGCAUCUUGCGUGCUGCUCUCGCUGCACAGCAGAGCAAUUCCUCUAUCUUUCUUCGCCUUUGCGUUUCGAAUAAAUCUGUCGAUAAGGUCAG